AAUGACAAGUGCAACAGGUGAAGAUGAAGUUGUUGCGGAAUUGUUACCCACCUUCCGGUACUUCACCUGGCACACCUGUGUGUUGGGGAUAAUUGGCUGUGCCGUCAUGAUGUUUCUCAUCAACGCCAUCUACGCCUCGGCGAGCAUCGCCUUCAUGCUGCUGCUCCUGCUGCUCAUCCACUACCUGAGCCCCACCUCCAGCUGGGGCUACAUCAGCCAGGCCCUCAUCUUCCACCAGGUGCGUAAGUACCUGCUGAUGCUGGACGUGAGGAAGGACCACGUGAAGUUCUGGCGGCCUCAGGUCCUGCUGAUGGUCUCCAACCCUCGCAGCAGCGUGGGAUUGAUCAAGUUCAUCAACGACAUCAAGAAGAGCGGCCUCUACGUGCUCGGACACGUGCAGCUCGGAGACCUCGACACUCUCCCCUCCGACCCUCUGCAGUCGCAGUACGACUCCUGGCUCUCUCUGGUGGAUCAUCUGAACAUCAAGUCUUUUGUCAACCUGACUUUGGCCGACUCUGUGCGUCAUGGCGUCCAACAUCUGCUCUUCAUCUCAGGACUAGGCGGGAUGCGUCCCAACACUCUCGUCCUGGGUUUCUACGACGACUCUCUCCCAAAGGACACUCUCAUCGACCCUUCUCUCUCCAUCUGUUCGACCUCUGACCCCUCGGGAUCUUUACAGGACUUCGAUCAUGACCAGGAGCCGCCUCUCUUCCACUUCUCCUCCGUUCGGGGGUCCGUUGACCGACAAGACGGCGGGGAAAUCGGCGACGGGAAGGUUCUCGGCCCUCAGGAGUACGUCGCGAUCAUAGCAGACGCCAUGAAGAUGCUCAAAAACGUCGUGUUGGCUCGAAACUUCAACGAUUUUGACCGCUCCGUGGUCCUCUCCCCUUCCUCUCCGGUGUUUGUGGACGUGUGGCCGGUGAAUCUCCUUCGGCCCGACAGCUCUAGCUACGUCGACACAUGCUCUUUUUUCCUGCUUCAGCUCGCCUGCAUCCUCAACAUGGUGCGGUCGUGGAGAAAAGCUCGUCUUCGUCUCUUUUUGUGCGUGGAGGAGGGUCGUAGCGUCCGGGGAUCGGAGGAGAAACUGGGUCAGCUCCUCAAAGAGCUGCGGAUCAAAGCUCAGGUGUUCUCCGUGCCCUGGGACCAGCAGGUGGCGCUACACUGGCAGCGGCAAGGCGAGAGGAAACAGCAAAGUGACACAAACAACGAAGACAAAGAGAAGAUCGAGGAGGAAGAGGAGGAAGAUGAUUACGUUAACAGCUUCCCGAGUAACGCCACACGCCUCUCAGACGACUACCUCUCCGCCGUUAAUAAGCUGAUCUUAGACCCGGCGAGACCCCCCCCUGCUGUGCGCUUCCUGUACCUGCCCAGACCCCCUGCUGACACGCGGCGCUACACCACCUACCUGCACCAGCUGGAGCUGCUCACUCAGGACCUGGGCCCCACGCUGCUCAUCCACGGAGUCACACCCGUCAUCACCACCGACCUUUAACCUGCCUCCGCUGAACAUGUUAAGAAAAUCUCACUCGUCACCGGCUUGAGCUUCAACCUCAGGAUCCAUGUAUCUGUGAUCCUCUCCAGAAUGGAAGGAGUCAUCACAUACAGAGCAUCAACUAGUUCCUGAACAGUGUCCUUCACAUGCUGAUAUCCAAGAGAGGGAGUUACACAGUCACAAGAUGGAGGAAUGACGGUUCUUGUAAUCAUACAUCCUGUCAUGAACAAAGUACUGAGUUUUUUCUCAAAAUGUUGGCUUUUUUUCGGACUUUCUCUCCAAAUUCUGAGUUGUUACUCAAAAUCUCAAAAUCUGAUUUUUUUUCUCAAAAAUUUCAAAAUCUUGAAUUUUUUCUCAAAAAUUUCAAAAUCUGAAUUUUUUUCUAAAAAAUUUCAAAAUCUGAAUUUUUUUUCUCAAAAAUCUGAAUUUUUUUCUCAAAAAUCUGAAUUUUUUUCUCAAAAAUCUGAAUUUUUCUCAAAAUCUCAAAAUUCUGAGAGGGAGUUACACAAUCACAAGAUGGAGGAGUUUUUUCUCUAAAUGUUGGCUUUUUUCUGAAAAUCACAAAAUUCUGUAUUUUUCCCAAAAUUCAGACUUUUUCAAAAAAUCUGACUUUUUCUCAAAAUCAUGACUUUUUCUCAAAAUCAUGACUUUUUCUCAAAAUCAGACUUUUUCUCAAAAUCUCAAAAUUCUGAUUUU